AUGGCCCAACCAGCCCAGAAACCUUCUUCAAGCAAACUGGAACAUCAAAGGCUUUGUUGGCACUAUGGAGAUCUAGUUUCUUACGGCUUCAGACGUCUGCAAAGUAAAUAUCAUUCAAGGACGGCAGAGCUCCCUGACCUAACCUACAUCGAAAACGCACUGGCGGCACUCUCUCUUGACACCGUCCAAACACAGGAAGCUCUUGCGAAUCAGCUGCAAUCUAGCCUCCUGCCUCUCCUGCAAGGCCAAAUCAACACUCUCUUCCAAGUACUAGACCCCGCUGGUUUACGAAAUCAACCAAGGCCAAAGCUUAGUCUUGUCUUGCAGACUCAAGCAGAACUCGAUGACAGCUUGGAUCAAAUCAAAUAUCUCACUGCCACCUUAUGUCCAGACCCUGCAACUCAACCACAUCGAACGGAUGACCAUGGUCUUGAACGAUUCAAAUCCUGCAGACUCUACCGGCUGAAAGCCAACGUCGAAUUAGUGUUACCCUGGCGAAUGUGUGAAAUAUUUGAGGCGGCCGAUAAGCUCAUCCAAAAGAUGGAGCUUUCAUGGGAGGUGUACGGCGGGGCGCAGCACAGAGUUCACCGGCGUCCAUGUAGCGGUAGCAGGUUACCGCGGCGACGACCAGAGCGGGCCGGCGCAGCCGGGCGGAUAGACUAG